AUGGCUAAACCUCUAAGAAUGCAGGCCUUUGGCUGCUUUCUUAUUUUCUCUUCUCUCUUGUCUACCUUCUCUUUUGCCUUAACACACCACGAAGCAUCCCUUAUUGCUAGGCGACAGCUCUUAACGCUCCCGGAAAAUGGCGAGCUUCCUGAUGAUCUCGAAUUUCAAAUUGACCUGAAAGUAACUUUUGCAAACCACAGGCUGAAGAGAGCUUAUGUUGCUCUUCAGGCCUUGAAAAAAGCUAUCUACUCUGACCCUUUUAACACAACAGGCAACUGGUUUGGUCCUCAUGUUUGUGAAUACAAUGGAGUCUUUUGCGCUCAGGCGCUUGAUGAUCCAAAACUGACUGUUGUCGCUGGUAUUGAUCUUAAUGGUGCUGAUAUCGCUGGUUACCUUCCGGCUGAGCUCGGGCUCAUGACAGAUCUCAGCCUGUUACAUAUUAAUUCUAACAGGUUCUGUGGUGUUGUCCCCAAAACUGUAUCCAAGCUCACGCUUAUGCACGAAUUUGAUAUCAGCAACAACCGUUUUGUUGGACCUUUCCCCACAGUUGUGCUAACAUGGCCAGCCCUGAAAUACCUCGACAUCAGAUUCAACGACUUCGAAGGCGAAUUGCCAUCUGAAGUCUUCGAGAAAGAUCUCGAUGCCAUCUUCUUGAACAAUAAUAGGUUCACUUCUGGCAUCCCCGAAUCAAUAGGCAAAUCCACCGCCUCUGUUAUAUCAUUUGCUCAUAACAAAUUUAUCGGCUGCCUUCCCAAAAGCAUCGGAAAGAUGACGAAUUUGAAUGAGAUUCUCUUCAUAGGCAACGCACUUGGCGGUUGUAUGCCGUCUGAGCUCGGAUCACUCAUCAAUGUCACCGUCUUUGAUGUAAGCUCCAACAGAUUUACCGGCGUGUUGCCACAAAGCUUUUCAGGCCUGAAAAGUGUUGAGCAUUUGGACAUUUCACACAAUAAGCUAACUGGGUUUGUGCCUGAGAAUGUUUGCAAGUUACCAAGCUUGGCAAAUUUCACUUUCUCUUUUAAUUACUUUAAUGGGGAGGCUCAAGCUUGCAUACCAUCUUCUGGGAAGAGCAUAAUAUUGGAUGAUACGAGCAAUUGUUUGCCUGAUCGGCCAAAGCAGAAAUCUGCCAAGGAAUGUGUGCCAGUGGUGAGUCGUCCGGUGGAUUGUAGUAAGGAUAAAUGUGCUGGAGGAUCUUCUCCCUCAAAACCCAGAUCGCCAUCUGAGCCUCGGAAACCAUCGCCUAAACCAUCACCACCUCAAAAUCCAAACCCACCUGAACAGAAGGUAAAGCCACCGGCUCCUACCCCUGGAACCAAGCCACCAGUUGGACCAAAACCAAUUGAACCAGUUUCACCAUCAUCACCAAAACCAUCACCAGCACCAAAGCCACCAAAGGAANUACCUGGAGAGGAUGACCCUCAUGACUUGUCUCCUAAGCCUAAACGACGUUCACCACCACCACCAUUUACACAACCAUUAGACCAGUCUUCACCACCACCUCCACCACCAGUACAAUCACCGCCACCGCCACCGGUUUACUCCCCACCACCACCUGUCUAUUCUCCUCCACCACCUCGGGUCUUCUCUCCUCCACCACCAUCCCCACCACCACCAUCUCCACCACCACCUGUUCAUUCCCCACCACCACCAUCUCCACCACCACCGGUUCAUUCUCCUCCACCACCAUCCCCACCACCACCAUCUCCAUCCCCACCACCACCAUCUCCAUCCCCACCACCACCAUCCCCAUCACCACCACCACCUUCUCCAUCCCCACCACCACCUUCUCCAUCCCCACCACCACCAUCCCCAUCUCCCCCACCACCAUCUCCAUCACCACCACCACCGUCCCCAUCUCCCCCACCACCGUCUCCAUCACCACCACCACCAGUUUACUCCCCACCACCGCCAGUCUACUCUCCACCUCCACCACCACCCGUUUUCUCUCCUCCACCUCCAGUUCACUCCCCACCACCACCCGUUUUCUCUCCUCCACCUCCAGUCCAUUCACCACCACCACCACCACCACCACCACCCUCACUUCCAUCUCCUGAUCCUUCUUUUGAUACUCCACCUUCAGACGACGACUUUAUCCUUCCACCAACAAUUGGAUUCCAAUACGCAUCACCACCUCCACCAAUUUUCCCAGGCUACUAA